GCGAAGGGAGCUCGCGAGCGGACGGCAGGCAAGGUCUGCGCGAGGAGCAGGCGAGCGGGAAGGCACGGCAGCCACCUUCCUCACCAGCCAGCCCACGAGCGGUUUGUGCCCUUCCCCGGGAGUGCGCCAAUGCCUGGUCCGACCCAAACCCUGUCCCCAAAUGGCGAGAACAACAACGACAUCAUCCAGGAUAACGGGACCAUCAUUCCUUUCCGGAAGCACACGGUGCGCGGGGAGCGUUCCUACAGUUGGGGAAUGGCGGUCAAUGUGUAUUCUACCUCGAUAACCCAAGAGACUAUGAGCAGACAUGACAUCAUUGCAUGGGUUAAUGACAUAGUAUCUUUAAACUACACAAAAGUGGAACAGCUUUGUUCAGGGGCGGCCUAUUGCCAGUUCAUGGACAUGCUCUUUCCAGGCUGCAUCAGUUUGAAGAAAGUAAAAUUUCAAGCCAAGUUGGAACAUGAGUAUAUUCACAAUUUUAAACUUCUGCAAGCAUCAUUUAAGCGAAUGAAUGUUGAUAAGGUAAUUCCAGUGGAGAAGCUAGUGAAAGGACGUUUCCAGGACAACCUGGAUUUUAUUCAGUGGUUUAAGAAAUUCUACGACGCUAACUACGAUGGAAAGGAGUAUGACCCUGUAGAAGCACGACAAGGGCAAGAUGCAAUUCCUCCCCCUGACCCUGGUGAACAGAUCUUCAACCUGCCAAAAAAGUCUCACCAUGCGAACUCCCCCACAGCAGGUGCAGCUAAAUCAAGUCCAGCAUCUAAACCAGGAUCCACACCUUCUCGUCCCUCAUCAGCCAAAAGGGCUUCAUCCAGCAGCUCAGCAUCCAAAUCUGAUAAAGAUUUGGAAACACAGGUCCUACAGCUUAAUGAACAGGUACAUUCGUUAAAACUUGCCCUUGAAGGCGUGGAAAAGGAAAGAGAUUUCUACUUCGGAAAGUUGAGAGAGAUUGAGCUACUCUGCCAAGAACAGGGGCAGGAAAACGACAACCUUGUGCAGCGAUUAAUGGAAGUCCUCUAUGCCUCCGACGAGCACGAGGGCCACCCAGAAGAGCCCGAAGCAGAGGAGCAAGUCCACGAACAGCAGCCCCAGCAGCAGGAAGAGUACUGACCCGUCGUGGCAGCUCUUGACACUUCCAUCUUGCGUGGGAACUUUUCUUCUGGAGAAUCGGAACAUGUGUGGCCUCAAGCUCAACAGAAACCAGUUGUUCCCAGUCCGCCAGUAACAUCGACGCACUGUCGCAUACAUACUCCAGCCACUGCACUCGGUCCUGUUUCCUUUGCCAAGACACACAGCAGCUGGCCGUUUGGCAGCCUACCUAAGAGAUCGUGGGGUCACAUACCUUCAACUUCACCACUUGGCUGCGUGAGAUUGGUUCUGCUCUUUCUUUCUUUCCAGAACAACUCUCCCCACCCCACUACCACCACCAACACCCCCUUUUAUCCUGGUGUGAAACAAUGGUAACUUGAUAUAUGGUAUUUAUAUUGGCAUUUCCAACCCCGUGUCACUAGAUGUCACACACAUUUGUGGUGCUUUGAUGUUUGCGAGUCUAACCUCUGAACGUAAAUUUGGUAAAAUAAUAAAUUGGAACAAAGGGAAAGAGAUACUUGAUAUGAAAGCCAUAAUGACAGUGACUUGUUUCGUAGGGGAAAACGGAGUCCGUUUCUCCCUCUGCUCUCAACACUAAAGGGAAAAAAGGAAUCAAAACUAGGACUUCAGGGCCCCGCGGUGCUCAUAGGGGAGCAUGACAGACAGCCUCGCAGGAUGUCAGUGUUUUCCUUGAGCGAACGUCUUUAAAAACUAUCUCAACUUGGCCCUCUCACCACUUGCCCCCUCCUCCCCCAUCCAGGUUCUCAUGCUAUUUUCUUUCUCAGGGUCCUCUUUGGUGGGCAGCCACUCUCCCCAAGAAGCUGUCAUCAGUUGUCUGCAGUCCAGAGGGGUCUGCACAGGCGCAGGUCUCAGAGCCAGCCCUGUCAUCCACGCUAGGGGCCUCCUCCUAGGAAUGGCCACAGGGUGUGCAGCCCUGAGGGUCAGCGCUCUGCCUUGUGCUGCACAUUUGCUGGAUGUGAAGACUUAGUAACAGGAUAAUUCCAGGGGAGCAGCGUGGUUCUGAUGUUGAGUGUUGACACUGGAGUGACAGCACAGGAUAGUCUUUGACUCCCCCUGCCUUCUGGCAUAAGGAAUGUCCCCUCUGUGAUACUGCGGCCCUCCUUCUCAUUGACCUUUGCUAAACUGUGGCAGUUCAUCAACCGAGGAAACAUUGAUGAAUUAAAAGCAUUCCUUAUUUUUUUUAACUAAGAUUUGCACAUUUUCUUAGUAUCUUUCCAAAUCUUUGCCCCUUUAUUUUUUUCCCUUCAACAGAUGAUCUCCCUUCCUGGAUCAUUCAUUGCACUCGGUUUCUAAUUUCAGAUUUACCUUCUCUUGAUAUUUGACUUAAGCAGGUGCAGCAAAAACAACGAGUUUGCCCACCCCACUCCUAACUGAAAAGCUUAAAAUAAAUUUCUGAAAUAUGUAUCAUAAAGCUUUGACAUUUAUUGAUUGAUUGAUGAAAUACUAAUGCUAAACUCUUGCAUUGAAGCUCCCCACCGAAAGAAGUCGUCUCAAAAUAAACCUUUUGCAGCAAAGUGGUAUUUGAGUUCUGUUUGAAAAAGGUGGCUUGUAUUUUUGAGGUAAUUACAGCACUGUGCAGGAUUGGACAGAUGUUCCAUGGUGUUUGGUUUCCCUUCUCUCUCCUGCUUGCUCUGCUAGUGGCAGCUCCCUUCUCUCAGGCUGGAAAGCCUGGCUCUCGGCAGUGACAUCCUCCCACACCUGGUUACAGGUAUUGGUUGUGCUAUUCACAGCAUCAUGCUUAACAGUGUGCCCUCCCCUCCAAGCCUGUUGCACUCAGAGCUUCCUUGUUUUAAAAUAGCUUUUAUAAAGAGGCGCCAUAAGUAAGUCACGCACAUUAUGUGUCAGUGGUUCCUACGCAGCUUUCUGCCAGCCCUGGGUAGCUCAGUAAAACCCGGGGCUGGGCGCACGAUUGCUGUGUAACUUGCAUGAGCCUCACCACCGACACCCGCUCCAUUUCUCCCUCAAUCCCAACUUUCUCAGCUGUAAACACACAGGCCAGGUAGUUUGCAAACACAGCAUUCUCCUUCCCAGAGUCUUGGAGCACACUCUUCAUUUACUUAGAAAAGAGUUAUACAGUCCUCCUGUUGUCCUCAUCUGAAGCCUCUUUCAUUGCAGCUGCACACAGGAGGCAGCACUGAAACCUGGGGACCUUUUACAGCUGUUUCUCAGCCCUCUGCUGCCCCCAGCUUCUGUGCAGGCCACCCCUCAUCGGCCUGCUCCUCUGCUCAGCUGUACCCACCAUUCCCUCAUCUCAGCAGCCAGGGCACACUCCAGGGCCCCGUCAUGCUGGGCCCAGAAGUUGCCCUUGGGGUGCGCCCUGCUCCUCCCCCCCUCACACCCGCUGUGCCUGUCAUAGCACUUCCACUGCACGUGCCAGCUAGGAAGUGAUCGAAGCGGGGGGCAAAGAGAGCCUGUCUUCUAAGCAGAAAAGCAGAAAAAGACAAACACCCUGUUGACCUGAGAGAAGUAAACUCCAGAAGGGAACCAAGAAAUCCCUUCCCUGGUGAGUAUCUCCAUUAUUCCGUUAAGGUUUAAUAUGCAUUCAAAUUACUUUUACUAAAUAGUACACCAUAAAGCUUUUGUUAUAUAUUAAAUGUAAACUGAAAGGAAUGUAAACAUGUAUUGUUAAUUAUAAAUAUAGAUAAGUAAUGACAUAAUAGAUGAAAAGGUCUUAUUCAGAUGUAUCACAUUCGUUUUCCAUUACCCACCAUUGUCGCAUGGUAGAAUAGCUUUUUGUCUCUGAAUAUGUGAAUAAGUUGACUUGCGGUUAUCUUUUUACAUAUUUAAUAAAAAAAAGUAUAUGUAAAAA